AGGGAACUAUCAAAUUAAUUCUAUCAUGACUAUUCUGUCAAAAGCAUGAUAUUAUAAAUGACAGAAAAAUAUUUAGAGAUAAUUGAAAUAAAAAUUAUUCCACACCAAACCAGCAAGAGGCACAGUUGAAUAUGCCAUGGCAGAGUUAGCAUUUUAUAUUUAAAAAGUUUAUUUCUCUAAUCAUUUUAUCAUGAAAUCAGUAUUAAAAUUAUUCGUUUUAAUCGUUAUAACUGGAUAUUCUUAUAUGCAAAACAAAAUUUUCUACAACGAACUUCUGGGAAGAGUGGCCAACCCACAAGAGUUUCCAGGAUUGGUGUCGGUUCAAUAUGCACAACUGAAUAAGGGACACAUAUGUUGUGGCAUUAUCGUUUCAAAUCAUUAUGUGGUUAGUGCAGCUUCUUGCUAUGGAUACUUGCCAGACGAUGUGAUUAAAGAUUGGCUUUAUAUAAUCAUUGGUGGAGAUUCAAUAACACCCGACGGAAAUAUGGAACAGCAAAUGUUGCACGUUAAACAAAUUAUCGUUUACCCCACGUACAAUUAUACUCCACGUCACGAUAUUGCCUUGCUUUACAUUCGAAAAGGCAUUCGGUAUGAUGGUGAAUUCAUCAAAAAUAUGGCAAUUGCAAAUGAAGAAGUGGUGGUGAAUACGGGAAGCAAAUGCCGGACAGCUGGUUGGGCAGUUUCAAAGAGAAAGCAUAUGGACGUAUACAGCAAGCUGAUGGCGUUCAACUUAUCGAUUGUUGAUAAAUCGGUCUGUCGAUGCUCAGAUGAUUCUAAUGACUGCUAUCAGCAAGGACUUUGCGUCGCAAGUAUGGAAGAUGAAAUGGCGUGCUUUACUUUUCGUGGAAAUCCGCUAGUUUGUAAUGGAAUUGUCGUCGGCAUCAGAUCGGCUAAUCGAGCUGAGUGCGUAAGCGAUUCGAAUGGUACUAUCUUUUUAGCGACAUGGCCAUAUUUAAGUUGGAUCAACGGCCUUGUAACAUCUAGAUACAGAAGCAUGAAGAAAAGAAGCGCAAGUAUUCCAACAAACAAGGCCACGUGUUUUACUUUACUGAUCGCCAUGGCAGUGCCCAAAUCGUUUGUUACUUUCUAAAUUGUUAUCAGUUUGCACAUAGGCUUCGUAAUUUAUAUUAGAAUGAAUAAGUCGUCCAUGAUUUUACAAAAGAAUGUUACGCUUUCAAAAAUUGUAUAAUAAAAUGACGCGUUGCGCCGA